AUGGAGCCUUGCGAUGCAAGACUCUCGAGGAAGGUCUUCAUCGAGUUGAUCAAAGAGGCGCUGCAAGAACAUUUGCAAGAAAAAGAAUCCAACAGAGAAGGCGCAGUGGAAACUAAUAGUGCUGAUCUUCCAGGAGAAAACGAAAUAGUUGAAAACAACGAAGAAAUUUAUUAUAAAUGGUCGGAAGAACAUACAUUUAUGAUAUUCCAUCCUGCGCCGGAAAUUGUUUUUACGUUUUUGGCCUUGCUCCUUUUCGUCCUGACGCUAGUACGUUUCGUUUACGAGUGUGAUUUCGCCCUUGAUUUCGGCUUUUACGAUACUAAGCGGCCAACGCACCUGGAAUGCCGCUCAAAGAAGCUGGCAAGAGAUCAAGAAGAUCGAAUGCCCCUGUGA